GCGCGGGAAGUUCCUCUGAUACAAAUCUGUUAGACCUAAAGGCCAUCUUGCCAUACUUAUUUAUCUUUUUGAGAAGAAUAGGAAAUACCCAUCAGUUAUUUACAAGGCACUGAGCAAGGGAAUUUAAGCGCUGUUGCUUAAAUAUCUACGUAGCAAUAUGACUAUCAAGACCUCAGUUUCAAUCAGUUGAAUGGAUCAAUUCCUAGCAACAAGCUUUCCAACAACCUCACAACCAUUGAUUUAUCGAACAACAAGCUUACUGGAACUAUUCCAUCCUACUUUUCUAGUCUUCCUGUUCUUCAAAGAUUGGAGUUGCAAAACAAUAGCCUUACAAGCAUAUCAGGCACUACUGAUAUUCCUCCAAAUGUCACACUCUCGCUCAAUGGAAAUCUUCUCUGCUCAAAUAACAAGUCCUUGGUUCAAUUCUGUGGAUCUGAGAUUGCUGACAAUAACACAAAUGGCAUUGUUUCAACAAAUUCCAGCUCAUGCCUUGCUCAAGCGUGCCCUCCUCCUUUCGAAUAUUUCUUGGACUGUUGGUGCACGAAAUUGUGAUCUCUAA